UGAAAAUACCAACCUUCCUUUCAUUCACCAAACAAAAACAAAGUAACACCAAAGAGAAGAUCAAAUAGGUGAGGUGAUACCAAAAAUCCACACUUUCACCUUCAACCCUCACCACCCCUUACUCAUGGCUUCCUUAUCCCUAAUCUCACCUCAGUCCCCUUCUACUCUCCGCCACAAUGCCAUCAUCGGCACUCGCCUUCCGUCCAUCUUCCUCCGCAACCCCAUCACUCGCAUUCGCUCCACUACUCCUUCAAUCAAGGCCCUUUCAGUCCCUUCAGCUUUAACCCAAGACGAACUCAAGAAACUCGCCGCCGAUAAAGCCGUUGAAUACGUGAAAAGCGGAAUGGUCCUUGGUCUAGGCACUGGUUCAACCGCAGCUUUCGUUGUUUCCAAAUUAGGCGAGCUUCUUUCAUCUGGACAACUCACAAACAUUGUAGGUGUCCCCACUUCUAAGCGCACUGAAGAGCAAGCCUUAUCACUCAACAUCCCGCUAUCUACCCUUGACGACCACCCGCAUCUCGACUUAGCCAUCGAUGGUGCUGACGAGGUUGACCCCAAUCUCGACCUAGUCAAGGGUCGAGGUGGGGCCCUUUUAAGGGAGAAGAUGGUGGAGGCGGCUUCGGAUAAGUUCGUCGUGGUUGUGGACGAUUCGAAGCUGGUUUCGGGUUUAGGUGGGUCCGGGUUGGCUAUGCCCGUAGAGGUGGUGCAGUUUUGCUGGAAGUAUAAUUUGGUUAGGUUACAGGAGUUGUUUAAAGCAGAGGGUGUUGAUGCCAAAUUGAGAGUGGAUGGCAAUGGGAAGCCUUAUGUGACUGAUAAUUCGAAUUAUAUUGUGGAUUUGUAUUUUAAGACUCCGAUUAGGGACUCUGCUGCUGCUGGAAAGGAGAUUGCGGCUUUGGAAGGAGUGGUGGAGCAUGGGUUGUUCUUGGAUAUGACCACUGCUGUUAUUAUAGCUGGCAAGGAAGGAGUCAGUGUUCAGAGCAAGUGAAACUCUCAAUUGCUGAGGUUUGAAGAACUUUAACUUCUGUUUUUUGAGAUGCAAUUCUUGUGGUAUUUAUUUAGACUUCAAUAGGGGUUGGUUAAUGUUGUAACACUAAUAAGUUUCGGCGUUUUUUUGUGGAGAUGUUUAGUAAUAAUACUCCCAUCGUUAUGUAAUUUGUAAAUUAGAAUUGAAAAGAAAAUGUUUUGGUUGAUUUCCUU